AUGCCUGAAGUUGGUAGUGAGAUUGAUUUGAAGGGGGUUGAAGAAAUCGAUGUGCGCGGUAGGGAAAAGGACGAGGGACAAAAGUGUGAAGACGCAAAACUGACGCAACCUAAUCCAUCGAAUACCCGUCGUGUCGCUGCGGUCACUUCUGGGUCAGAUAUUUGGCGGCAUGCCCAAGAAGACUUGCGUAAAAUUCGUGAGCGCGUUGAUCAAUAUACGGUUGGGGAUGGUCGUGUGCAGUACUAA